AUGCCCCGAGCCGGGGAGCCAGAGAAGACUCCGAGCACUUCUCUCUGCCCUCGGCACCAGCCCAGCUCCGCCGAUCUCUCGUCCUCCGCGCCUCUGGCUCUGUGGAGCACUGGGAUGUCCCGUCAGUCCGUGUGCAGGAGCUUCGGGAUGGGCAGCAGGAAGGGAUUCAGCUCCUGCUCUGCCGUGGGCGGCGGGUUCGGGGGCAGCGGCGGCCGGAGCCGGAUCAGCUACAGCUCCUUCUCCACAUCCAGGGGGGUCGGAGGAGGGGGACGCUGCGGGGGCUUCAGCAGCCGGAGCCUCCACAACCUGGGGGGCAGCGCCAGGAUGUCCGUGGGAGGCUCCUACGGAUGUAGGAUCCCGGGAUUCAGCGGAGGAUUCGUGGGAGGAUUCGGUGGAAUCCCAGGAGGGGUCGUUGGAGGAGGAAUUGGCGGCUUUGUGGGGCCCGUCCGGGGCGGCCCCGGGUUCCCCGGGGGGAUCCAGCCCGUGCAGGUGGAUCCCACCCUGCUCCGGCCCGUCCACGUGGACAUCGACCCCCAGAUCCAGCAGGUGAAGUGCCAGGAGAAGGAGCAGAUCAAGACCCUCAACAACCAGUUCGCCUCCUUCAUCGACAAGGUCCGGUUCCUGGAGCAGCAGAACAAGGUCCUCUCCACCAAGUGGGAGCUGCUGCAGCAGCAGGGGCCGGUGGGGCCGAGGAAGAACCUGGAUGUGAUCUUUGAGAACUACAUCCAGAACCUGAGGAGGCAGCUGGAGAACCUGCUGGGGCAGCGGGGGCAGCUGGAGUCGGAGCUGCAGAGCAUGCGGCAGUACGUGGAGGAGUACAAGUGCAAGUACGAGGAGGAGAUCAACCGGCGCACGGCGGCCGAGAACGAGUUCGUGGUGCUAAAGAAGGACGUGGACUGUGCCUACAUGACCAAGGUGGAGCUGGAGGCCAAGGUGGGAGCUCUGACGGACGAGAUCAACUUCCUGAGGUGCAUCUAUGAGGAGGAGCUGGCCCAGAUGCAGACCAUCAGCCGGGACCUGUCCGUGGUGGUGUCCAUGGACAACAACCGGCACCUGGACCUGGACAGCAUCAUCGAGGAGGUGCGGCGCCAGUACGAGCAGAUCGCCCAGAGCAGCCGCGCCGAGGCCGAGGCCUGGUACCAGAGCAGGUACGAGGAGCUGCAGAGCACGGCCGGGCGCCACGGGGACAACCUGCGGAACACCAAGAUCGAGAUCCAGGAGCUGACCAGGAACGUGCAGAGGCUGAGGACGGAGAUCGAGAAUGUGAAGAAGCAGAACCACCACCUGCAGUCGGCCAUCGCCGAGGCCGAGGAGAGGGGCGAGCUGGCCCUCAAGGACGCCCGCAGGAAGCUGGAGGAGCUGGAAUGUGCCCUGAGCAAGGACAAGGAGGAGCUGGCCCGGCUGCUGAAGGAGUACCAGGAGCUGCUGAACAUCAAGAUCGCGCUGGACGUGGAGAUCGCCAUGUACAGGAAGCUGCUGGAGGGGGAGGAGAACAGGCUCUGCGGAGACAACCCGUCCAACGUGAAUGUCUCCGUGGUGGGCAGGACCACCGUGUGCGGGGGCCGGGCCGGCGGCUUCGGGGCCAGCAACGGGCUGGCGGGAGGAGGAGUGUGCGUGGUCGGAGGAGGAGGAAGCGUCGUCGGGGGCGGCUGCGGGGUGGGAGGGGGGAUCCUGAGCGGGGGCUUCUCCUCCGGCAGCGGGAGGGUGUGCAGCUCCUCGGCCGGAAACUUCGUGGCCGGGGGCGGCUCGUCCUCGGUGCGCAGAUGUGUCACCACCACCACGGUCAAGUCCUCGGGGGUCAAGUACUGA